UAUGUACCCGUUUUGUAUGUGUUUUGUAUGUAUACCUAUACCUGAUACAUGAACAGUAUGCCUCCGUGCAUGAACGUGCCCCUUGUGCGUGACUAAAAUCUUUUUGGAUCCGUAUCCAACUUGACUCACAGACCUUCAAACAAAAUGAACGGAAUAGUCAGAAAUGCAUUGAGGGUUUCGGCUUUCAAAGGAUUCACACAGUCUGCAGUUUCGGGACGAGUUGCAAGGAGGGAGUUCACGCGGCCGAUGUGGAACAUGUGCAACCGGCGAAAGGAUAUCACGCCUCUGGCAAGCUACAAACUACAAAAUCCGAUCGAAUUUUGCAGCUGCGGAUGCAACAGAAGAGUGCACACCAAAGCGGAGAAGGAGUUGGUGCAAUUCCUGGCAGAGGAAAUAGUAGCGGAGAAGAAAGCCCAGAAAAUGAAGACCAUUCCAACUGAACUCGAUGGAUUUAAAAUUUCACUUGACGGUGCUGAAGUUUCCCUCACCAAAAAAAUUGGGGAGGAAAGCAUAUCCAUAAACUUCAAUGUAAAUCACACCGUCGAUUCAGAAUCAGAGCCAGACAUCGAUCCACAAGAUGACAAGCAAGAGUUUGGAGAAAUGAAAAGCAAACCAAACUUUGAAAUAGAUGUAGUACGAGGUAAUCACACUCUUGGCUUCACAUGCUCCUUUAAUAACGAACCUCAAGCAAGUGGUGCCGACGAUGGUUACAAUGAUAUCUUUGGCAUUGACGAAAUAACUUUAUAUGAGGGUGAACACAGUGAGAAGAUCUAUGCUGUAGCUGGUGACGUAGUGGAUGGUUACCUGUACGAUCUUCUGAUGAAUUAUCUUGAAGAGAAAGGAAUCUCAAAUGAAUUUGCGGAGAAAUUGAUCGAGCUGAGUACAGUCUACGAGCACACCGCCUACAUCAGUUUGCUAGAAGGACUCUCCAAGUUUACCUCCGGAAAGUAGUUACCGUGAUACUCUAUUUUCCACCUACGUAUUACUGUACACUUAUGAACAGAAUCAUGCUGUAUAGUUUUAGAUCGCCAUAAUAAAUAAUUCUCAAAAAUUUGAA